AAGACACACUUACAUUUACUGAAUUGUGCGGAAUAGGAGGGUGUUGACCACGGACAUCAUUUUGGGAUAUUUGUGUUUUCGUCAUGGAGACUCGGCAGUCCUCGCCGUUAGCAAUUUUGCGCUGCGUUUUUGUGUUGUGGUUUAGUGAAAACAUACUCGCUCAGAUUCGCUACUCUAUUCCGGAAGAAUCUAUACAAGGAUCUAUUGUAGGAAAUAUUGGCAAAGAUCUGGGCAUUGAUCUAAAUAAGCUUAAAGAGCGAAGAUUUCGGAUCGUUUCCGGAUCAACGAAUGGCUUCUUACAGAUAAACCAGGACAAUGGAGUGCUUUUUGUGAGUGGGAACAUUGACAGGGAGGAGCUUUGCGAAAAAAGCAACGUAUGCACAGUGACCCUUAAAACCCUUGCGGAAAAUCCUCUGGAAAUACAUUAUAUUGAGGUAGAAAUUGUAGAUAUUAAUGACAAUUCCCCUGUAUUUCCUGUCCGUGAAAAACAUUUAGAAAUAUCAGAAAAUGCUGUUCCCCAGAGCACGCGCCUUCCACUAGACGCCGCGCGUGAUUUAGACGCUGGUGUAAAUUCUCUGCGUAAGUACAUCCUUAGUCCGAAUAACCACUUUGAACUAGAUGUUAAAACUCGUGGAGAAGACAAAAUUCCUUUUCUACUUUUGAAAAAGCCGCUAGAUAGAGAACAGAAACCCGAGUUAAAUCUAACAUUAACAGCGUAUGAUGGAGGGAAGCCAGAGAGAUUCGGUUCAGUGAACAUUACCAUAACUGUUGUUGACAUCAAUGAUAACGCUCCAGUUUUUGAUCGCCAGGUGUAUACUGUAACAAUAGAGGAAAACAUCGAGUUUGGUUCAUCGGUAGUAAAACUACAUGCGACAGAUUUAGACGAGGAUGCCAACGGACAAGUUGUUUAUGCCUUUGACAAAAGUCUAAUGAGCAAAGCGUUAGAUAAAUUUGAAAUAAAUUCAAAUACUGGUGAGAUUACUAUAAAGGGGUCAAUAGAUUUUGAAGAAGAGCGUGUGUAUGAAAUAGACGUACAAGCUUCUGAUAAAGGCCAAGUACCUUUAACAGGUCACUGCAGUAUCAUAAUUAAUAUAAAGGAUGUCAAUGAUAACGCACCUGAGAUUGAUGUAACCUCGCUGUCCUCUGAGAUAUUAGAGGACACAAAUUCAGGGACAGUGAUAGCUCUGAUUAGUGUAUCUGACAAAGAUUCAGGUGAGAAUAGUAUGAUUAUAUGUAGCCUUAUAGAUGAUAUAUCUUUUGAAUUGAAACCAUCUUUCCAGAGAAGCAUGUACUCGCUGGUCACUAAAGGCCUGCUUGACAGGGAAACUGUUUCUAGUUACACAAUAACCAUAAAUUGCAAGGAUAGAGGGGAGUCUUCUUUAUCUUCACAAAAGACCAUACAAGUUAAUAUUGCAGAUGUCAAUGACAACAGUCCAAUGUUUACUCAAAAUCCAUUAAAUUUUUAUAUUAGUGAAAACAACACCCCAGGCACACCUAUAUUUUCUAUUAGCGCAUUUGACAGAGAUCAGAAUGAAAAUGCACAAAUAUCUUACCAUAUUCUGAAGGCAGAAGUUAAUGAACCAAACAUAGUCUCUUACCUGAAUAUAAAUUCAGAGGAUGGGAAUGCUUAUGUUUAUGCACUACAACGCUUUGACUUUGAAACUACAAAAAUGUUCCAGUUCAAUGUGCUGGCUACAGAUUCAGGAACUCCAUCUCUAAGUAGCAAUGUCACAGUGAAUGUGUUCAUUCUAGAUCUGAAUGACAAUGCUCCAGUAAUAUUAUAUCCAGUCAGUGCUAAUGGUUCUGCUAAAGGUGAGGAAGAAGUUCCCCGUAAUGUGAAUUUGGGACAUUUGGUGACAAAAGUGAGGGCCUAUGAUGCAGAUAUAGGAUACAAUGGCUGGUUAUUAUUUUCACUAGCAGAAGUGAGUGAUCACAGUCUCUUUGGUUUGGACCGCUAUACGGGACAGAUAAGGACCCUUCGCACAUUUACAGAAACAGAUGAGACUGAACACAAACUAGUUAUAAUAGUCAAAGACAAUGGCAAUGUUUCACUUUCAGCAACAGCAACUGUGAUUAUUAAACUUGUAGAGCCUAAAGAAGCUUUUGCAUCUUUUGAUGUUAAGACUGCAGUCAACACUGAAGAAGAAACUGAUGUUACAUUUUAUUUGAUCAUCACCCUGGCCUCAGUUUCAGUGCUUUUUGUUACCAGUAUCAUCGUGCUAAUUGUAAUGCAGUGCUCCAAGUCUACAGACUAUUCCUCCAAAUAUUUACAAGACACCAAUUAUGAUGGCACACUGUGUAACAGCAUCCAAUACAGAUCUGGAAAUAAACAGUACAUGUUAGUUGGACCCAGAAUGAGUAUUGGCUCUACUAUAGUUUCUGCAAGUAAUGGAAACACCUUAGUAAUUCCAGAUCGGAGAGGAAAAGCUUCUGGUGAGGUAAGAAAUUCAGACAGGUUUUGUUAUUAUCUUGUUUAUUUGGGACAUGAAUCUCUGGCAGCAAUUUACCUUUGA